UGUGGCUGGCUGUUCAAUAAAAGUUGUGAACCAUCAGUUGAAGAGACCUCCUUUGGGUGCUACCCACUGCGGCCCUCAUCACGAUCGACCCUGGACCGGUCCGCGGGCUACCGGUCGUAUUGGGCACCCCUGACCUACCUAAUCCGAAACGAUGAGGAAACAAUCGAUCCCUGUGCUGCAGAAUAACAAUGGUCCUCCCCUGGUGGGCCUGGUGACCAUCGCCCGCCACCUGGUGAAAGAAGCAAAGCAACCCGAGCUGCUGGGGGAAGCCGCGGAGGACAGAGCAGUGGUGCAUCAGUGGCUUGAAUACAGAGUGAGCAAGCUGGAUGGCUGCAACAAGGAAGAAAGCAGAACUAUACUCAAGGACCUCGACCUCUAUUUGCAAGACAAAGUUUGCAUGGCCGGCAACCACUUCACCUUAGCGGAUGUGCUCAUGUACAAUGGAAUUCACCCACUAAUAAUGGACUUGACUUUCCAGGAGAAGGAGCGGUAUAUGAACGUGACGCGAUGGUUCGACCACAUCCAGCACCGCGCCGGGAUCCGGCACCACCUCCCCCCAGUCGUCGUGCUCAGGAACAGAAUUUACAGCGCUAAACACCCCUGAGGCCCGGGCCGGCCCUGUCGACACCAGGCACAACAAAAGUCUUUUCCCGACGAAAAUGGUUCAAAAUGAGCGCAGGUCACAUCCACAUGGGCAUUCCUGUUUUAGACUUUUCUUGCCAUGAGAGACCUUCUUUUUUUUUGUUUUGUUUAAAGCAACAUUAGGACCGAGACGACUGUUGUUGAAGAGGUACUCAAGCUAUCUUUGGAUGGCUCCAAACUAAUAAACUAGGUCACCUCCCUC